AUGGGAGCAUCACCAAAAGAGAAGUUUGCGGAAAAGUUGGCAUGGGUGUUGCGAUGCCUUGGCUGUCCAUUUACGGGAUUGCUUUAUUCCUGUAACGUAGGAAAAGACGAAGUAAAGCUCUGUAUUUACUGGCUUUCGUCAAAAUAUUUUAGUAGCACAGGACAACGAAAUCAACAGCUGCAACAACUUAAACACAGACCUGUCGGAGUUUACGCUAUGUCAGUGGAUAAAGAACGGAAUGAAUUUAGCAAUAUAGUGAAAUAUAUUAACCGAUGUACGGCAAGAGCAUCUGUGCUAGACAGAAUGUCAUCAUUGGUGUCAACAUAUUACAUAUUAGUCGGUAUAAUCGCGGCAAUAUCCAGGACGACAGGAAUAAAUAAUUGUGAAGAUUGGCCAUUUAUACCAUUAUUAUUAUCCUGGACAAUUCCAGCAAUCCUCAAGAGAGUAAUAUCGGGGACCCUAGUAGUUAAAGACCCUAAUUGUGAAUUUGAGUUGCAAGAUAUACAAAUAAUUAUGAAACCGGGAAGUGAAAGCUACAGAAAACAUAAACUUUUUAGUGUUACACUAGUUGCCUUUGUAUCCAUAGUAUAUCCCUGGUUAACAGUAUUUUUAGCGAUCUACACACCCCCAAUUGGAUAUUAUUGUAGGAGCCAAUAUCUCACAAUAAUCUGCUCUAUAUGGUCAAUCAACAGUGCUUUGGCAUAUAUAAACCACCUAAUAAAAGAACACGAUGUAGAAGCCUUGCUUACCAAUAAUAUCGAAUGGUGGAGUAUAUUACACGAAGAACAUUGCCGUACAACUUGUGAAAUCUAA